AUGGAACCAGUUGUGGAAGAAGUGAGAGACAUUACCAUUCGAAAAGUAACACGAUGGUGUUGUUCGACAAUCAUGGUAUUUGGAGGAGUAGUUCCAUACAUUCCACAAUAUCGAGAAAUAUACAUCAAACAAGAUGCAGAAGGCUUCUCAAUGUAUGUAUGCCUUGCACUUUUAGUUGCAAACACUUUGAGAAUAUUAUUUUGGUUUGGUAAACGUUAUGAGCUUCCAUUACUAUUCCAAAGUAUUGUAAUGAAUAUUAUGAUGUUACUUAUGAUACACUUAUGUGUAAAAGUUCGCAACAAAACACAGUUAAUCAGAGGACCAGACAGAUAUUUUACUGAUUUUGACUGGCAUUACUUUUGGCAAUGGACAGACUUUCAAUCUUAUAUAGAUUUUUUAAUCGCUAUGAGUAUUUGUCUUUCCAUUAUAACAUUCAUAUUUCUGCAUAAUGUUAUAUUCAUUGAAAUUAUCGGAUUUCUUGCUCUCCUAACUGAAGCCAUGUUGGGUGUUCCUCAACUAGUCAAAAACUUAAGAAAUCGUUCUACGGAAGGAAUGAGUGUUACAAUGGUAUUACUUUGGACAACUGGAGAUGCAUUUAAGACAUGUUACUUUGUAAGUCGAAAAGCGCCUCUACAAUUCUGGAUGUGUGGUACACUUCAGGUUAUGAUAGAUCUGACAAUACUUGGUCAAGUAGUCUGGUACCGUAAUGAACCACCCUAUAAAAUUCCUCGAAUAGACUGA